GCCAGUGAACUUAUCAAUAAGUUCGAACAUAGUAAUCUUUAUAACACUGAUUAUUCAUAAUUCAUGAACAUCGACUAUAAAAGUGAUUGGGAUUCACGCAACCAAUACUUAUUAGUCGUAUAUAUGCACUAUUAAGAGAGUUCCUUGCGCCAUGGAUUUCAACACUGCCUGCGAAAAAGCUAAAGCCUUCACCAAGCGCCCCAGCGAUCAAGAGUUCUUGGAAUUCUACGGUCUCUUCAAGCAGUCCACUGUUGGUGAUGUGAACGUUGAACGCCCUGGCGCAUUGGACUUGAAGGGUAAGGCCAAAUGGGAUUCAUGGAACCAACACAAGGGUCUGUCCAAGGAAGAGGCACAGAAGGCUUACAUUGCCACCUAUGAGAAAUACGCACCUAAAUAUGCCUAAAUCGAACAAUUCAAGUGUAAAUUAUAAAUUUUGAAUAGAAAAUGAUAUUGAUGUGUGGAAAAGCUUAAAA